UUUCUUUUUUAAAAAACUUUUUAAAAGAAAUAAAACAAAUCCAGCGUGCCAACACACAAUGAGGACAUAUAACACGAGUCUGUAAAAAUGUAAAGGAGCUGAAAUAUUAAGCUAAAGAUUUUCACCUUAAUGUGUGAUGAAAACUGAUUUCAUGAAUUUAGUGUCAAAAAAAAAUUUCUUUAGGAACUGAUAUCGAAAUCAAGGUAUUGGUAUCAAUAUAAUCAGAUAUCAAUCAAAUAUUUUUAACAAAACCCAGCCCUACUUGAACAUGGUAUAUUAUCUGGACCAGCAGACUUUUCCACAUCCACUGUGUUUACUGACAGUGGCGUGUCCUCUGGAGCCGGAGAAGGAGCAGUUAUACUUCCUGUUUACAUCCACUGAAACAUUCUGUGGUUCCAUUAUGUCUAAUGGGGAAACAUUGCCUCAGAUUACUGAGACCAAAGACAAAUGAACAAAGAGGUGGUUGGUCCUUCCGUUCACCCAGCCCUCUUCCAGUGAGAGCUAAUAUAUACUGAGGUGACUGGGAUGCACAUUAGCUGUAAUCCUGACAGACUUCAUGUUCUCACUGGUCCUGCAGUCAUGAUGCUCGCUGGCUUCCUCCUUCUUCUCCUCCUCACAGAUGGAGAAUCAUCCAACAGUAACUGCAGUUAUCGGGAUCUUUAUCAGUUUUUAAAGUCAGAAGGUGUUGGGACGAACAUCAUGAUCCGGCCGGUUAAAAACCACACAUCACCCACUGUGGCAGAACUACUUGCACAAAUCUAUUCCGUCCUAGAUGUGAACGAGAGGGAACAGAAAUUUGUUUCCUACAUUUGGAUUUAUUUGAAAUGGCGAGAUGAGUACAUAUCUUGGAAUCCUGAGGAUUUCUGUGGUAUUGAGCGCAUUUUUCUUUCUAACGACCAACUGUGGAAGCCAGAUAUAAUUAUUGAAGAGAUGACAGAUAAGGACAAGAUCAAUCAGUCUCCUUAUCUCACUGUUGACUACCAAGGUGAAGUCUAUGUCAAGAACGACAUAAAGGUGAUCAGCACCUGCGAGAUGCACCUUUACAAAUUCCCUUUUGACAAUCAGAGCUGCAACCUUUCCUUCAGGUCUGCUAUGCACCCAGACAAGGAAAUUAAGCUUCGUCUCCAGGCUGGGUAUGCAGAAACCAGAAUGAUGCUCAUGGAGAAGUUCAAGACCCAUGAAUGGAUACUGUUAAGCUUGUACAUCUCUAACCCAGAUGUUGGCGAUACUGAGACCGAGCAGAGCAUGGUGGUUUACGAAAUCAACAUGGGCAGGCGCUCUGCACUCUACGUUGUCAACUUCAUGCUGCCUGUCCUGUUCUUCUUGGGACUGGACUUGUCCUCCUUCCUGAUCUCAGACAGCGGGGGUGAAAAGCUCAGCUUCAAGGUCACUGUGCUGCUUUCUGUCACUGUGAUGCAGCUUAUUCUGAGUGAAAUACUUCCUUCUACUUCAAACAGGAUUCCACUUAUAGCAACCUACAUUAUGGGGAUUUUUGGAUUGAUGAUGCUCAGCCUCCUGGAGACAAUUCUGGUGAAGUAUCUGUUGGAGAAAGAUUCAAAAGUAAAUGAACCGAACGGGAGUCAAAGCCUGAGUGAGGACUGUGGCGACAAACAAGGCAAAGUCAGCCUUAACGACUGCUGUAGAGGCAUUCACUCUGCCUGUGUCUGUGACGUCUCUGCCAGUGAAACACCACCUGAACUGCUGCCGGUGGGCCAAGAGGUAAGCUGCAGCCAACAGACGGAGGAGUCCCAUGACUUUGGAAAGCUGUCAGAGGAGCUGAGAGAGGUGGUGAAGACGCUGUCUCUGCUGCUCAACUGCAGGAAGGAAGAGACGAAGCCUGGCUACUGGACCAGAGUGUCGAACAAAAUCAACAAAGUUUUCUUCAUUUUUUAUGUCAUAGCUGUCACUCUGUUUUUAAUCUAUAUGCUUUUCUGUUGGAAUACAGAAUAGUGCGGUAAAAAAGUGUUAAUGCAAGGUAAACAUCAGAAGUUGUAGGUUGUACUCUGAACCCACAGGGGAAAAUCUAAUCAAAAUGUCUUUGGAUGACUGACAAUGAGUGACACUGCAGCUGAAGGUGAA